AUGCGGUUUCAAAACUCUAUAAGAAUUGUGGAUGUGGACUUUUACAUGGCAUCUCCUCUUAAUGGACUUGAUGUUAUGUAUUCCGAUUUUAGGGGAAUAUUUAUUAAUCAAGUUCCUGUUAUAAGGGUUUUUGGAUCUACAGAAACAGGAGAAAAGAUUUGUACUCAUGUCCAUGGGGUUUUUCCAUAUAUUUACAUUCCAUACAGCGGAGAAAAUGAUAUAAAUGCACAAAUAUACAAAAUUGCAAUUCACAUUGAUAAAGCUUUAAAUAUUUCCAUGAAUCAGGCAUCUUCAAACAACCAGCAUGUUUAUAAAAUAUCACUGGUUUCUGCUUAUCCUUUCUAUGGGUAUCAUGCUAAACAACAUCAGUUUUUAAAGAUUUAUUUAUACAAUCCCUCUUUGAUUCGAAAACUAAGUGGCUUAUUACAAACUGAUGCCAUAUUAGGAAAAGUAUAUCAACCUCAUGAAUCUCAUUUAUCUUUUGUGUUACAAUUUAUGAUCGAUUAUAAUCUGCAUGGAAUGAGCACUAUGCAAGUUUCUGAUAUGAAAAUAAGAAGACCAGCUGGUUUGGUCAUCGAAGAAGAUAACGAUUUAUAUCUACCUGAUAAUAUAAACAGAAUAUCAACUUGUGAACUUGAAGCUGAUGUUUUAGCUACUAAUAUUAUUAACAGAUUGGAAAUUGCUACAGGCAACUUGGCAGUCAACCCUGGCAUUAAAGCUUUAUGGGAAGAUGAAAAACAGAGGCGAAGAAAUAAAAAUGAAGAAUCCCAGAUUGAGUCUUGCUUGACAUUAAAAAACAUGGAAGCAAAACCAACUAAUUCUCAAAUAGUUUACAAAAGAUUAUUGUUGGAUAGAUUAGCUGCCCUAUCAACUGAUAAUGCUGAUGUUAAGAGUAAAUGUUUGGAUACUUCAGUGUAUCCAGCUGAAACUCCUUCAAGUUUAUCUGUUCAGAAUGCUUCUUUUAUCGAAAAUCAUUCACAGUCAUCAAACAAUAGUUUUUCUUUGGAUUCCUCAUCUUUGGACACAACAUUAACUCCUUCAAAUGAUCUUGAAAUGAAUAACACUCUUGAUGGGAAUUUUCUUGAUAUUCUGGAAGAUUUAAAUGAAAACCCGGAAAAUUCCUUGCAAGAAGACAGUAUUUUAUCUCAGGUUGUUGAUGACAAUCAGGAGGAAGAUUCCAUGGAUUUAAAUUGGCCCAUGCAGCCAGCAACGCCAAUUAAAAUAUCCGUUGAUGAAAAGGAGGCCAACGAAAGUGACGAUGACAUGUGGAACGAGACUUUAGACACCACUUUGAUCCCACAACUGGAUGGCAAUGAUGACGUUUUAGACACAUCCAAUGAAAAUGUUAAACUUGAAGUUUUACCAAAAACCUUCAAAAUCAAUUUUUCAAAUAGUAGUAUUGAAGAAGAUCCAGUCAGUGGAUCAAAUAAGUUAGCAACACAAUCACAGCCAAUCACAAAAUCAGGAAGAGAUAUGCCUCUUCUUGGAAAUGAACAAGGCAUUAAAAAUAAUGUUACCGCUUUCGCAAAAUUCAAGACAAAAGUCCACUUAAAAUCCAAAUUAAGACUUAUUCUUUCCAAAUGCAUUAAAAGAAAUCUAGACAAAAAAACUAUUAAAAUUCCUUUAACGCGAAUUUGUGUAAAAAAACGCAAAUACAUUGUCAAGAAAUCAGCAAAACAAAUACUUCAAGUCAGUGAGAAACAAAAAGAGGAGGUUAAAAUUAUUAAUGCUUUGGAUAAUGGGGUUAAACCAAAAUUUAUUAUUAAGUCAAAAUUUAUCUACACAUUGCAAGAGUUUAGAGCAAAAUUUAAAGAAAGUUCGCUAUUUGAUGUAAAAAUUCGUUAUCCAAACGGUGAAACUUUUUUGUUUUCGUACAACAAAGUUGAUUUGUAUCCAGUAGUACGUAAAAUACGUAUUAUAAAAAAGAAAAAAGUGGCAAAUCGGAAGCAGUCAAAGUCAAGUAAUUUUAACGAACAAUCUAAAGCUUUAAACAUAUCUGAAAAUUCUCCAAAAAACAUAUCAGAUGAAAGUAUGUCUAAAUUAAUAGAAAGCGCAAAUCCGCAACACAUAUGUCAAGCCAUAAACUUUUUAAAACGCAAAUUUGAGAACCACAUGAGCGAAUUAAAGAAAGAUUUUUAUGAAAUCACAUGCCCUGCUGCAGGUGUUAACUCAAAACCAGAAAUUUCAAGCCCUAAAAAAAUUAAAUUAGAACCUGAAUUAGCAAGUUUAAAUAAUAACAACUAUUUGGAACCAAGUACAAGUGAAAUUUAUUAUUUUCCUGAACCCAACAAUGAUCAAGUGGUUGAAAUUAAAACCGAACCCAAAAAGCGUGGUAGAAAAAGAAAGAUCAAGAAAGUAGUACAAAUUAAAAAUGAAAACGAAAAACACGUUAGAAGAAGGAGAAGCAAGAAUAAGAUUCGCCCCGUCCAAGAACACACAAUGGUUACCAGAAACAAACUUAAGAAAGCCACUGAUAAAAAUGCAACAAAAACAUACAAAAUCUUUUUGGAUGGAAAUUGUGAUUCAUCUUCAUCUGAAGAAGAGACAAUUACGCUUAAAAAAAGAAAAUUAAGCCAAAAUAGCGAUUCCCCCAGAUACAGCACUCUACCUGUUUUGAUUUCUUCGUCAGAGAAAGGCGCUACAAGGGAAAGUCCUUUUUCAAAAGAAAACAACAAAACCGAACCAAAACUAAUCAAACAAAUUCAUUCCAAAGAAAGCUUACUCUUUGAUAGAGUAAAGCGUCAACUAAACUUCUGUGAUACUACUUUAGUUGAAGAACAAAUAUUAUGUAAUCUUAAGUCCAGUCAUAUAGAUGUAAACAACCAAACAAAUUUUGAACCUACGAGCCAAACUAUUAUUGAAUCUUCUGAAUUUGGUUCUUUAGAAACCACUAGUCAAGUUAUUGAAUCUUCCGAAUCUCCUUUAGAAUCAUCGUCCAGUUCUGAAAACGAAUCUCCAUUGAAUAAAUCAUAUUUUGAAAGAAAUUUAAAACUUCUGUCGAAAUCCGAAAAGUACGAUGCAGAAGCCCACUUUGUGCCAGUUGAAGGAUCUUCUAAAAUCAGUUCUGAUUGUUUGCAAAAAUCUUUCAAUGAUUCUCAAAAAAAUGUUAUAUCUUCUUCAAACGAAUCAUCGGAAUUGUGUCAACCUGGUCAAAAAGAAAUAACUAAUACUUUAAGAAAUAUAACAUCGCAAUCAUCAGAAGAAGAUCCUUUUGAAGCGCCUGAUCACAAUGAGAUGAAUAAUAUUACAAUCAGAAUAUUAUCGCAGGUUUCUGAAAAAAACAUGUUCCCAUCAAAUCACUCUAGCGAAGAAAAUAAGCAGUCCAUAGAGUCAUUAAACAGCGAGUUAUUAUUGGUAGACAGAAUUUUAAAACCCAAAAGGAAGGCUCCAACAAAAAGUGAUGUGCUUCUAUCAUUGGAUUUUUAUAAAUUGCCCCACGUUAUAAAUCCGCCACCUUUCUUCAGCAAUGUUGAAGAUGUAACUGGUGGUAUUGAAGUCGGAUUGAGUCUUCUUAAAGUGUUAAGCAAAACAACCUUGCAUUUACUGGAGUUUGAAACUACGCUGGACACUUUUAACACUAUACGAAAAAUGUACAUGAAUAGCGUUGCCAAAAACAUUAAAAUUAAUAGAAGUAAUAUAAAUCAGAUUAUUUUGUCCUGUUCUAAAACCAGGGAGGUAAUAUUGGCACCUGUAAGAAGGCCCCCUUUAAAAGAUUCCGUGAAAAACUGGCUGCUUUUUAGGACACAAAAAGAAAAAACACCGGAGAAAAAGUUUGAGAGGACGAAAAUUUUUAUCCCUCAGAGUCCUACUGGUAGCGAUGACGAUACGGAUCUUUCACUAACUCUGACACCAUGCACACCAAGUUCACAAACUACACACUCACGAAAUAGUGAACCUGGAACGCCAAAAUUAUCUAUAGAGAGAUCCAGUCCAAGUAUUAGUAACGCCAGAAGCAAAAAACGGAUCUUAAAGUCUAGCCAAGCUAACACCAUAAAACUUGGAAAGUCAUUGUUGGGGUCACAAGAAAAAUCUAAUAAUUCUUGUGAUCUUACUGGUGUAUCCAUGAACAACACUUUUGGCUUCAAUUUAUCAGUAAAGAAUCUUCAAAACGCUAGAGCCCUUUUGGAGCACCAUUUUCUCACUGUCUUAAUAAUGGAGAUUCACGUUAGAACUAGAGGCGACUUAAAACCAAAUCCAGAAUAUGAUAAUACUUGUGCAAUAUUUUAUUCCAUCCUCAACGAUUUUCCGGAAAACGAUAAAAAAGCACUGAAAAGUAGAGGCGCAAUUGUUUUAAAUACAUUACCUCUCAAGCCUGAAAGUAUGAUGCCUUUAUUGGACGGCAUCAUUGACUGUGAUAUUACAUAUGUAAAUACCGAGACAGAGUUAAUAGAUAGGUUUUUAGAGUUAAUUCAGUAUUGGGAUCCUGAUAUUUUAGCGGGCUAUGAAAUUGAGAUGUUAUCCUGGGGCUACUUAAUCGAUAGAGCAUCUAUAUUAGGAUACAACUUGAUUCCUCUAUUGGGAAGAAUAAAGGAAAGCAGCGAUAAAUAUAUUAGGGAUGGUCCACAGGGAGAAUUAAAGAUAACCGGACGUAUAACGCUGGACGUUUGGCGUCUUAUGCGGCAUGAAAUCUCCCUGCAAAGCUACACCUUCGAGUCCAUCGCAUAUCACAUACUGCACAAAAGAGUGCCUUCGUACACGUUCAAAAAGUUGACGUUUUGGUGGGAUCAUCUUUCGCAUCUGUACCGUCACCGAACGGUACACCACUAUUUAUUCAGAGUCGAUCAGAUUUUGGAGUUGUUCGAUAAGCUCGAUCUCGUGGGCCGCACGAGCGAGUUGGCGCGCCUGUUCGGUAUCCAAUUCUACGAAGUAUUGUCCAGAGGCUCGCAGUUCCGAGUGGAAUCGAUGAUGUUGAGGCUGGCGAAGCCUCUUAACUUUAUUCCUGUAUCGCCGAGCGUGCAGCAACGGGCCAAAAUGAAGGCUCCAGAGUAUACUCCUUUAGUUUUAGAACCGGAAUCGAAAUUGUACGUCGAUCCGGUGGUUGUUUUAGACUUUCAAAGUUUAUACCCUUCGAUAAUGAUUGCCUAUAAUUAUUGUUUCUCCACUUGCAUCGGUAAAGUGGAGCGACUCGGUAAAAAUACGCCAUUCGAAUUCGGCGCUACUCAACUGAAAAUAUCCAAAAAAAGGGUGGAAAAAUUGGUAAAGGCCGACAUGAUUAACUUUUCUCCGUGCGGUGUGGGGUUUGUUAAGUCAAAAAUACGCGAAGGCAUUGUUCCGCGUAUGUUAAAAGAAAUUCUGGAAACCCGGCUGAUGGUCAAGAACUCCAUGAAACAAAAUAAAGAAGACGCAGUUCUCAAAAGGGUCCUCCACAAUCGCCAGCUGGGACUGAAGCUCAUAGCGAACGUGACCUACGGUUACACUUCCGCAAAUUUCAGCGGCCGCAUGCCCGCGAUCGAAGUAGGCGACAGCGUGGUGAGCAAAGGAAGGGAAACCCUGCAACGUGCCAUCGCUUUGGUUGACAACACACCCGAGUGGGGCGCCAAGGUCGUUUACGGCGACACGGAUUCGUUGUUUAUACUUUUUCCGGGCAGAUCCAAGGAGUGGGCUUUCGAUGUGGGCAAAAAAAUUGCCGAUGUUGUCACCGAGGACAAUCCGGAUCCGGUUAAACUCAAGUUCGAGAAGGUUUACCAACCGUGUAUACUUCAAACUAAAAAGAGGUAUGUUGGGUAUAUGUAUGAGAGCCCGGAUCAGAAGGAACCGAUUUAUGAGGCCAAAGGGAUUGAGACUGUUAGAAGGGAUGGGUGUCCAGCAGUAUCAAAAAUGCUGGAAAAGUGUCUCAGAUUGGUAUUUGAAACCAAAGAUGUCAGUAUUAUCAAAAAGUAUAUUUUAAGGCAGUUUAACAAGAUUAUUGCUGGAAGAAUCAGUAUUCAAGAUUUCACUUUUGCUAAAGAAUAUCGUGGAGCAUCAAGUUAUCGCCCUGGGGCUUGCGUUCCCUCUUUGGAAUUAGCCAGAAAAUGGAAAGCCGAAGAUAAAAGAAGUGAACCAAGACGUGGUGAAAGGGUCCCUUAUGUUAUUGUAAAUGGACCUCCAGGGUUACCAAUCAUAAAACUAGUCCGCAGUCCCAGAGAAUUAUUAGCAGAUCCUUCCCUAAGACCAAACGCCUUGUAUUACAUAACCAGAGUUAUCAUACCUCCCAUAAAUCGAUGUCUUACACUUAUAGGAGCUGAUUUACACAUAUGGUUUAACCAAAUGCCCAGAAAACACAUCCAAGUUCUGCCAACAUCGUCGCCCGGAAAGAAAAGCACCAUUUCCCAGUAUUUUUCCACCACAAGUUGCGCUUCCUGCGGAGAGCAAACUAAAACGGGUUUGUGCAACGAUUGCUGUUUGAACGCGCAAACGACCGUGGUUAAUUUAACGCAAAAAAUCAAAAAAUGGGAACAAAACAACUAUGAAGUUAACCUUAUAUGCCAAUCGUGCACAAAAUCGGUAGUAGAUAUAAGCUGUGCGUCCUUGGACUGCCCAAUAUAUUAUAGAAGAGUUCAAACUGGCCGUGAUCUCCAACAAUCUUCUUUUGCCAGGCAAUUAUUAUUAAGUGAAUUUUAA